AUGCCUCAAUUGGGUUCAAAAGAUUCAUCGCUGUUUCGGCAGGUGGUGCGCCACUAUGAGAACAAGCAAUACAAGAAGGGUAUCAAAACCGCGGACCAGAUCCUCCGCAAGAACCCGAACCAUGGCGACACACAAGCGAUGAAGGCUCUCAUUAUGAGCUGCCUAGGACAAUUGGAGGAGGCAUUCGUGUUGGGGAAAACCGCACUGAGAAAUGACAUGAAGUCGCAUGUAUGCUGGCAUGUCUUCGGUCUACUGUAUAGAGCAGAAAAGAACUACGAAGAGGCUAUCAAAGCAUACAGAAACGCGCUAAAGUUGGAACCGGAUUCCCAGCCUAUCCAGCGUGAUUUGGCCCUUCUUCAGAUGCAGAUGAGAGACUUCGAGGGUUAUAUACAGAGUCGCAGUUCGAUGCUUCAGUCUCGUCCAUCGCUACGGCAGAAUUGGACAGCACUCGCUAUUGCCCACCACCUUGCCGGAAACUUAACUGAAGCCGAAAAUGUUCUCAACACGUACGAAGAAACUCUGAAGACCCCGCCUCCGAGGACCGAUAUAGAGCACUCCGAGGCCGUCCUGUAUAAGAAUUCGAUAAUUGCUGAGUCUGGAGAUCUUGAAAGGGCACUGGAGCAUCUUGACACUGCCGGAACGCGCUGUACAGAUGUUCUGGCUGUUAUGGAAAUGAGAGCGGAUUAUCUAUUUCGUUUAGAUCGAAAAACAGACGCGGAGGCGGCCUACGCCGCUCUACUUGAAAGGAAUCUCGAAAACUCAAACUACUAUGAUGGCUUGCUGAAAGCGAAGGGGAUUGCUUCAAACGACCACAAGUCCCUCAAAGCCGUAUAUGACGAAUGGGCCGAGAAAUAUCCCCGAGGCGAUGCCCCGCGUCGCAUUCCUCUGGACUUCCUAGAGGGCGAAGACUUCAAGCAAGCAGCUGACAGCUACCUCCAACGAAUGUUACGCAAAGGCGUCCCGUCACUGUUUGCAAAUAUUAAAGUUCUAUACGAUAGCCCAUCAAAGAGGGAUACCGUGCAAGCACUUGUCGAGGGAUAUGCGUCCGGAGAAUUCAAGCCAGAGGUUAACGGAUCUUCAGAAAACCAGAAAAAUGGAAAUGCAACCGAUUUCGAAGCCUCCACUUACUAUUUCCUUGCUCAACACUACAACUACUAUCUCAGCCGCGACUUGCAGAAAGCACUCGUCUACGUUGAGAAGGCUAUCAACCUUGUGCCGAAAUCUGUGGACUAUUACAUGACGAAAGCAAGGAUCUUUAAACACUAUGGCGAUUCCUCUAAGGCCGCAGAAAUCAUGGAGGAAGCAAGGAAACUUGACGAGAAGGAUCGUUACAUCAACUCCAAGGCGGCUAAGUACCAACUACGCGACAACCAAAACGAAAAAGGACUUGACGACAUGAGCAAGUUCACACGAAAUGAGACUGUUGGGGGUGCUCUUGGCGAUCUUCUUGAGAUGCAAUGUGUGUGGUACUUGACAGAGGACGCAGAAGCUUACUUGCGACAAAAGAAGUUGGGUCUGGCCCUGAAACGUUUCCAUGCAGUCUUCAAUAUCUUCGAUGUGUGGCAAGAGGACCAGUUUGAUUUCCACAGUUUCUCCUUGCGCAAAGGUAUGAUCCGAGCCUAUAUCGAUAUGGUCCGGUGGGAAGAUCACCUAAGAGACCACCCUUUCUACACACGAAUGGCAUUAGGUGCCAUAAAGACAUAUAUCCUUCUGCAUGAUCAACCCGACCUCGCCCAUGGCCCAAUGUUUGCAAACAUCAAUGGCGCUGAUGGAGAAGAUAGAAAGAAGGCUCUGAAGAAAGCAAAGAAGGAGCAACAGAGAUUAGAAAAGGCUGAAGCAGAACGAAAGGAUUUGAAAAAGGCUAGUGCGGCUACUGCUAAGGGCGCGGACGGCGAGACCAAGAAGGAAGACACUGAUCCCACAGGUACCAAAUUGGUUCAGACAAAAGAGCCUCUUAAGGAUUCUCUGAAAUUCCUCACCCCUCUACUUGAAUAUAGCCCUGGAAACAUUGACGUACAAACGACUGGAUUCGAGGUCUAUAUCAGAAGGCAAAAACAUGCACUUGCUCUGAAAUGUCUCCUGGCUGCCCAUGCUAUUGAUUCUUCCAACCCGGUUCUUCAUGUCCAACUGCUACGUUUCCGCCUCGCACUGAACAAUUUAUCCGAGCCACUCUCUGAGACGAUCUCCGAGAUCGUCACGAAAGAAUUCGAUCAAAUUCUACCAAAGUCUACAGAUCUACGUAAAUGGAACGAGUCGUACUUGACAUCACACAAAGGCAGCGUAGAUCAUGUCCGCGGCGCAUUAUCAGCGCGGUUGCUACUCGCCCCUGAUACAAAGGCGGAAGCCGAGAAGGAACUCAUCUCUACGCUCGACCUCGAAAGUACAACUCUUGAAAAGGCUCUCGCCGGUUUGGAUACGCUGGAUGAAUGGAACAGUGGCUCUGCAACCAAGCAGGCAUACAUUGAAAAGGCCCACAAGAAGUGGAGUGAAGCGUCUGCAUUCAGAUCAACCUAG